GGACCCGGGAACCUGCCGGGUGUCUCGGACGCCCAGUCAGGGCUGAGAGCCGGGGCUCAUCGCAGCCUGCCUUCCCCCGACCCACUCAGGGACCGCCUCCCCCUCCGCCGCCCUGGGCGAGCACGGAGCCCUAAGCGACCAAAGAGCCUCCCGCAGCCCUGAGCCCGUGGCAAGUUUCGUAACUGGCCGCGAGCCGUCGGGCUCUCGCGAGAUUUAUUCCGCUUGCUCCCUGUCCCGACUUCACGUCAGAUGGCGGGACCCAGGAGACUCAAGAAGCGGAUCCAGGAAGUUGGUGAGCCGUCAGAAGAGAAGGCUGUAUUCAAGUAUCUUCGAUUCAACUGUCCAACAAAGUCCACCAAUAUGAUGGGUCAUGGCGUUGAACAUUUUAUUGUUUCAAAAGUAGUGGAUUGCCUCUUGGAGUCAAAGUGGGCAAAGACCAAGAAAGGAGAGGAAGUUUUAUUUACAACCAGGGAGUCUGUGGUUGACUACUGCAACAGGCUUUUAAAGAAACAGUGUUUUCAUCGGGCCCUGAAAGUAAUGAAAAUGAAGUAUGAUAAAGACAUAAAAAUAGAAAAAGAUAAAGGAAAAUCUGAAAGUGGGAAAGAAGAAGAUAAAAAGAGCAAGAAAGAAAAUAUAAAAGAAGAAAAGACAGAAAAGGAAAAAGAGAAAAAGAAAGAUGUUGAAAAGGAAGAGUCCAAAAAGGAGGAAACUUCAGGAACUCCAAAUAAGAAGGAAACUAAGAGAAAAUUGAAACUUGAGCCACAUGAUGAUCAAGUUUUUCUGGAUGGAGAUGAGAACCUUCACAUGACGAUGGAUGGAGAUAGAGACAGAGCCCCACAUUGAAGCACCGGACU